AUGAAGCUCUCCCUCACUCCCGCCCUCGUCCUGGUCCUGCUCGGCUUGACCUCGCUCUCGGUCUCGGCCGCCCCGAUCCGCCGCGACGUCGGCCAGAACACGCUGCAGGACGGUUCGGCCAACGCCCAGGGCGGAUCGUCGACCUCGAUCGCCAACAACGGCCAGGGCGGACAGUACAGCGACAACUCGGCGCAGGGCGGCGUCGUGAACCAGACGAGCGGCAGCGGCGUCACGACGUCGGACGACUUCGACGUGCCUCCCCCUCCUCCUCCCGCUCCGGCUCCCGUUGAGAAGCCCGAGGCGCCCAAGGAGGAUGCGGAGAAGCACGACGAGUCCUGGAACGAUGACGAGGACGAGGACGACAGGAAGCCCGAGCCGGCACCGGUCAAGCAGGAGAGCAAGCCCAAGCCCAAGCCGGCUCCCCGCCCUGCCCUCUCGCUGCCCAAGCCCGCUCCGAAGCCUGCCCCGAAGCCUGCUCCCGCCCCCUCCAAGUCGGCCCCCAAGAAGGACCCCGUCGGCGACACCCUCGGCGGCCUGACUUCGGGCAUCAUUGCGCCGUCGAAGCCCAACGCUGCCAAGGCGCCGCCCAAGAGCAGCGCCAUCAGCGGCAACGCUCCGGGCUCCAAGCCCCUCACUUCCGGCCUCCUCAACGGCGAAAAGGCCAGCUCUGGCGCUGGCGGCCACAAGAGCGCCCUCGGCGUUACCAGCGGGCUCUAA